AUGAUCCCGCCGGCGCCGACCUUUACAGAAAAGGAUAUCAUCGAUCUUUCCAGCAAAGUAUACAUCCCCCUCUAUGCAACCCGAAAUACCGUCUACAUCAUAACAUGCGCGACAUCCGGCCCCGGUCUCGAGCUCGCAAAGAUCCUCUACACGCUCCAUGCCACUGUCUACAUUGGAACGCGCCUCCUCUCGAGCUUUGAAGAUACUCACAGAACAAUAACCUCCAAAGCCCCAACCUCCCAAGGCACGCUCAAACCCUUCAUAGCCGACCUCGCUGACCUGCACACUGUCAAGCUCGCCGCCGAAUCGUUUCUGAAAGAGAACUACCGGCUAGACGUACUGUUUUUAGAAGGGGGUGUUGACAGGGACAGCAAAGACGCCGCCUUCGCCUUACGCGCAAAUUGCCUCGCCCCUUUUCUCCUAACACACCUCCUCUACCCUCUCAUGCACCGCACAACCACUCACUUUUGCCACAUAAACACCUCAAUCCGCAUCGUGUACGCAUGCUCACUUCUCACCGUCUCCACGCCGCAGGGAGGCGUACAACUUGUCCCGGGAAAAGAGGAGGAAAUAUGGAACCCAAAACAGCUAGUCGGAGUGGAAGGCUACAUGCAGAGCAAAGCCGGGGUGUACUUCCUCGCGUACGAAUUCGCGCUGAGGCACAAGGAUGUGGAGAAGGUGGAUGAGCACGGUGUGAGGAGCAGGAAUACGGCUGGCGUGCUGCAUGUUUGCGUGAAUCAGGGGGCUGGGAAGGCGGCCCUACCAGAGGCGUUACAAGGAAUUUUGGGUAGGGUUGGAAAGAGGGCGAGAUAUGGCGCGUAUACCGAGCUAUUUGCGGGGGUUGCUCCAGGUGUGGAGGACGGCGACUUUAUCGUCCCGUGGGGAAGAAAGGGGAGUGUACCUGAGCACGUUCAAGCGAGCAUGAAGGAGGGGAAAGGAAAAAGCGUGAGCGCGCGGUUCUACGAGUGGUGUGAGGCACAGGUCAGGCCUUUUCUGUAA